AUGCCAACUGUCCAAGCUAAUCGCAUACCUGCUCAGCAAUAUGAAAAUAAUUCGGAAUUCAGAGAAGAAACACGUGAAGGAAUUUGGCGGAAGAUCAUUCAUGAAAAAUUCAGUCUUCCACUGGAUACUCCACUCGUCCGACGAGGCCAGGCUUUACAUCCAGUACCUAGAAUAGUCACUUGGCUUGGUCCGUCCUCUGAACUUCUUGUGUGUCCUCAUGAAGCCGUUAAACAACCACCUAAUAUAGGUCAAACCUACAUCGUUACAGGUCGGUAUACUUAUAAGCAUUACCUUCAGGACGGAGUAGAUGACAGGAAUUGGGGUUGUGCAUAUCGAUCGCUCCAAACACUAGUAUCUUGGCUUAUGUGGCAAGCUUCCAUUGUACGUUUUGGGGAUAAACCAAAAAGUUUUAUCGGUAGUUGUCAGUGGAUUGGCUCGCUAGAGGUGAGUUAUUGUUUGCAAGAGUUAUACAACAUUCAGUGUCGGCUUUUGCACAUCCCACAAGGACAUCAGAUGAACCAGCUAGCAGCACAUGCUCUUGCACAGCAUUUCACUUCCGGUGGAGGACCAGUUAUGGUUGGUGGUGGCCAAUUAGCUCAUACAAUUAUUGGUGUUCAAUUAUGUGAGUCAACAUUAAACGGUACUGAAUCUUCGUCAUAUCGCUAUUUAAUUCUGGAUCCUCAUUAUACUGGCCCCUUUGGAAAUAUUAAGCUUAUUACCGAAAAAGGUUGGUGUGGGUGGAAACUUCAAAGUUUCUGGAAAUCCAGUGUUCAUUAUAAUCUUUGUCUUUUACCAGCCAGAAAAAGUAGUUGUGUAUGA